AUGGAUUAUCCAACCUUUGGAGGAGACGAUCGCAAAAUUCAGCUCUGCGUGCAAUCACUCGACCGCAAGGGCGAGCUCUCAAAAUAUGACUGCCAUCGAGUGGUUGUCAAUCGCGCACCCAAACGACAUCGUUCUGUGACUGCCAUGAAUUUCUUUUCCCAGCCUGUAACGACUGCGGAUCCUGUUCCGCCCGUUCCCCCAGUCCCCGCUCCAGUCGCAGCCAAACGGCCGGCACCUCGAUUUUUAGAGGUCUUUGCUCCUAUGAACGUGACGGAUGAACCCGGACUGUCAUCCUCGCCCACGUCCACCCCUUCGACAAGCAGGACAUCCCUCCCCGCCACCCCCGCCUCACCUCGCCGCGAGCUUGACCACAUCGUUCCCAACUCGUACUUUGCUCUCGUUCCAGCGAAACGACUACCCCGUAACCCAACAACCAUGGUUUUCACGCCCGAGGAAGACCGCCACCCGGCGGCUACCCGGCAAUUAGCGGACGAGAGAGAAGAGGGUUACUGGCAAGAGGAUGAUGAGCCAUCAGUACCAGUCCACGGUCUACAAGACACCGUUCGCUCUGAUCGAUCAUAUGAGUGGACCAUGCGGAAAGAGCCGGCCUCCCUCAUGAUGGACGGGACGUUUGGACGAGUAUAG